AUGGGUAAUGAAUUACCAAAGGAGAGUGACAUGGGAAGCUGCCUGAGAUGCUGCAAAUGUUUUAAAGUCUUGCCUCCAUGCAAAUCAUUUCAGAACUUAUACCAAAGUACUAUUCAUGGGCGACACGUACAUGUGUUCAAUGGAGGUGAAUACUACAGACCAGUUGGUUACAAUGACGCAUAUGAGUGUGAUUAUUGCUUUAAUAAGCCAAUCAGAGAUCAAGAGGAAAUGAGAAGAGAAGAGGAGAGGAAGAGAAGAGAGGAGGAGUGGAGAAGAGAAGAGGAGAGGAAGAGAAGAGAGGAGGAAAGGAAGAGAAGGGAGGAGGAGAAAAGAAGAGGAGAGGAGAGGAAGAGAAGAGAGGAGGAGAAGAGAAGAGAGGAGGAAAGAAAGAAAAGAGAGGAGGAGAAGAGAAGAGAAGAGGAAAGGAAGAGAAGAGAGGAGGAGAAGAGAAGAGAGGAGGAGAGGAAGAGAAGAGAGGAGGAGAAGAGAAGAGAGGAGGAGCAACAGAAAGAAAAACUGAAUCAAAGACUAAAAGAAUCUCACCAACAAGCUAAAGAGCAGUUUGAGAAAAAAUUGAGUGGCCACAUCUUAGAUGAAUGUGAGUCCAAGCGAGAUGUUCUAACAGGACAUCUGGAUAAGUUUGAAGCUAACUAUAAAUCAGGCAGUGACAGUGAUGAGUUUCUUGAAAUCCUCUUGGUGAAAUGCAGUCUCCCAGUUACAAAUCUCAGUCUGACUCAGCUCACAGCUGAUCAGCUCAGUGAGAUCCUUUCAGUCCUGGACAAACUUCUGUUUGAUGAGUGGAUUAGUGCUCCUCCAUCCAUCAGCACUCUGCAGCACACUCAGGUGUUCAUCACAGAGCUCUGUGCUCUGUCUCUGGAAAUAUCUGAAGGGGUUUCCCUACAAAGCAUCUCCAAUCAUAUGCAGUCCCAUUUGGGAUCCAUCAGCCAGUCAGCAAGUGGUGUUUUUGAGAGUUUCCUUUUGACUCAAGCCCUGUAUCUGAACCUGAUGCACUUUUUCCAUGACGGUGGCAGAUCUGAUAAUGAUGCUGUCCUCAUAGCCAAACAAUGGGCAGAAUAUGAGAUUUCCACUGAGAACCUCUUUAUAAUUGAAUUCCUGAGCACCCUCACAUCAUCACUGCAGAGUGCAGUUGGAAGAGCCUCUGUGUUUACUUUAAAGAUGGAAAUCCAGUGUUUAAAGCUUCUCUUAUCCACACUCACAGAUCUAAAUGUAAAAGAAGCCCACUCAGAAUCCACUGAAAUGCUCCUCAAAUUUGUGCAAAUGAACCAAUGGACUCCAAUGGAGGCAGUCACUCUGCUUAAAGCACUGUCACAGAAAUAUGCAGAUGAUGAUUCCAUAACUCAAAUCCUUACCUUGGUACAAGUGUAUGACAUACCACCAGACUGGAUAGAUGACUGUGGGCACUCUCUAAUCCAGCUCCUUGAAUCUGCUGCUCCUGAGAGAUUUUGUCAGGAUUUCCAAAAGACUCUAAGAGGAAAAGAUGAGAGCAGUGUAACUGCAGUUCUAGCAGAAGCAAAGAUGUUCUGGAAUUUAAAUGACCCUGUCAUUGAUAUGAUAAAAAACAUUAACACUGGUGUCCUGAAAUAUACAGAAAAUGUACCAAAAGAAGAACCUUUUAUGAAAGAUUCAUUUAAAUGUGAAUCUUUGAAUAUAGACAACAUACAGAAGUGUCUGUGUCAGCUCUGCAAAGCAGUGUUCAACAUAAAAGGCUGGUGGCCCACAGUGAGGCAGAUGGUGCGGUGGUGUGCACUGGUGCUGACUCAUAAAAGUGGAGUGGUACAACUGGUUGGUGUGGAAGAAGACCCAUGUGUUACAGCCAUGUUUGCAGCCAUGCAAGUCUGCUUGGGAAACAAACUGGACAUUGUGCUGAGCUCUGAUGUUCACUCAGAGGAGCAAACAAAGGAGUGGUCUGACUUCUACAAGCACCUUGACAUUUCACUCAACACAAACAUGAAGAGGACUGAUCCAUCAUUCCAGGAUGUCUAUGAAGCAGACAUUGUUUAUGGUACAAUGGAUGAUUUUGUGUCAGAUUAUGUUCAACAUGGCAUAGAGGCAAUGGAAACAGGGCAUACACAGUUUAGUCGUGGAUUCAUUAUUGAAAAACAAAGUCUCAGUGCUUUCCAUAAUCUGGAACUUUCAAGACUCAAAGACGAUGACUCUCUGGUGUUUGCUGCAGAGGUCCUGCAGAACCUCAUGAGUAAAUUUCACAGUGAAGAUGUGGAACUGAGACACAUGUUUAUUAAGGCCCUUUUUCAGGUCCUCCACAGUACCCUAAACAAAAAUACAACCACUGGCAGUAAAAUCAUCACCAUCUCAAAGAAAAUCACAGGAAAGGAAUUGCUUUCUAAUGAGAUCUUCAUUUUGACCUUUCUGGAAAAUCUCUUGCAAGUGUUUGCUAGAGAAACAGAAGCUGUUAAAAACAUGACAGAUCCUGCAGGCAAAUGGUGUUUGGAUAAUUUAUUUGCCUGUGUGGAACAAUUCCAAUACUUAGACAAAGAAACCAAAGAAGUCUUCAAGAUGGUUUCAAAUCUUGGAAAAAACCCACUUUGGUCACCAGUUGAGGUCUUAAACCUUCUCGAAGCAUUAACUAUCCACCACCAUGAUCAAAACUGUAUUUUCAUCUUGAAGAUUUUACAUUUGAUGGAAACAUAUCAGGUUUCUUCCAAGUGGAAAGAUGAAAACAACAACUCUCUCCUUGAGCUCAUAGAUUCAUGCACAACUAAGAAUCUGAUCCAGCAUCUAGACAAGAGCCUUAAAGAUGAGAAAACUGAAAGCAUUGACAACCUUUUUUAUGAAAUACGGCAGAUGAAAGAAAUUGACGAACAAACACUGAGUAAAUCAUACAACAUAGUAACUCAUGUAACAAACCUCAUCAAAACUGGUGAAAUUAAAAAACACACAGAUAUACGGCGAGCUAGGACUCUGAGUCACAGCAUGGAGACAGAGGACCUUCAGGAGAUCCUUGCAAUCUUAUGCAAUGCUGUACACCUCCACAAAGCUGAAAGGAAGUGGUUUCCAAGGACAACUCAGAUGAUAAGCUGGUGCCUGUUGGCUUUGUCUGACACUGGGAAGCUCCUGGAGAUGGGAACUGGAGAAGGGAAGUCUUGUGUCAUAGCGAUGUUUGCAGUGCUGCGUGUGCUUAGAGGUGAAAAGGUGGAUGUGGUGUCCAGCUCCUCUGUGUUAUGUCAAAGAGAUUAUGGCUUCCUAUCUACAGGACACCAGACAUUUGUACGAGGUCCUCCUGCUUCAUUCUUCAAGGCCAUCUUUGACUCAAUAAACACAGAAGACACUGAAAUUAAACAUCCAAUGGACAUUUUAGGUAUUGCUGAAGAAUCCAACAUUGUGCCAAAAGGAUUUACAGAAGAUAUCUACAAGAGUGAAAACGAUGAAAUUCUCAGUAAACUGAAAGCAGUGAGUCAGGAUGCUAUGGUUGACUUUUUCAAAGAAAUUGAAGACUAUGUGCCUUACGGCUUUACUGUUUACACGCUAGAUGACAAGAGACUGCUCUGUCUUCAAAAGUGCAGUCCAUACAAUGACCGGGACAUCCCAGAGCUUUCAUUUCUUGUCUUGGAGGAAGGAUUGUGUUGUCCUCUCUAUAAGUCAGAAGAAGUUCUCAUUAAGCCCAUUGCAGAAUUGAUCUCUGAGAUGAUUCAGUACACCCCAUGUGAAAACAAUAAAGCAAACAAUAAAAUCAGCAUUCCUGGUUUCUUAAAGAAUCUGGUGGAGAAGAAAGUCUCAGUGUGGGUUCAGAAUGCCUUUCUGGCAAUGUUACUGAAACAAGGACGAGAAUAUGUCGUAGAAAAUGACAACGUCUGUCCAGUGGACUUCAGAUCCACUGGUAUUGUUGAACUGAAUAAGAAAUGGGGUGAUGGUCUGCAGCAGUUUGUGGAGAUUAAACACCAAGUCAAACUGAGCACAAUUUCAACAGUGACAAACUACAUUUCCAACGUUUCUUUUUUUGAGAAAUACCAGGGAAAAAUAUACGGAACAACAGGAACACUGGGGAGCAAAGCAGACAUUCAGUUUUUGCAGGACCUGUAUCCAAAUCUCUCUGUGUGCAAAAUACCAACAUUCAACAGGAAGAAGUUAUUUGAGGUCAAAGGUACUCUGAAAAAAACUGCUGAAGAAUGGAAAUCUGAAAUAAAACAUGUGGUCACAGCUCAGAUUUCCCCAAAUUCAUACAGAGAAGGAAGAGCAGCAUUGGUAAUCUGUGAAACUAUCAACAAAGCCAAAGAGAUCUACGAAGAGCUGAAGAGCUGCAUCCCAAAUAAAAAAUUGAUUCUCUACUGCCGCAGUGACAGAGACAGUUUGAGUAAAAUAGACAAGGAGCUUCAUCCUGGUGAUGUCAUUGUUGCCACAAACCUUGCUGGGUGUGGCACAGACAUUAAAGUGUCCUCAAAGGUGAACAAUAAUGGAGGGUUAUUUGUGAUCCUCUCCUUCCUUUCUGAGAACACAAGAGUGGAACUCCAGGCUUUUGGACGAACUGCACGCAAAGGUAAACCUGGAUCUGCUCAGAUAAUCAUUUCCACCGAACACCUGCAGCCAUCUUUUCACCCAGUGUCCUCUCUGGAGGAAGCCAAGAGCACAAGAGACCGACUUGCAGCAGAAAAGAUAAGUCACAUGAUGAAUGAUGUUGCUGAGAUGAAACUGCGGGAGGACCUGUUUUCAGAAUACUGUGAAACACUUCAACAUAUUUAUAACACCACUGAUGGAGACGAGGAAAGAGCAAAUGGUGUUAUUGGUAAAUAUGUGAGAAAGGGUUUAAAGAGUGACAGAACAGAGGAAAAGCUCAGAGCAGGACAGGACAACAGAUACAUUGCAUACAUGCCAAAACACCCAAAUUCUAACCUAAAAGUUGAAGGAGACGCAGGUCAGCGCUCACGAUCACAUGCUGAAAAGAUCAAGAACUCCACGACUGCAGGCACCAUCCUUGAUAUCAGAGUCCUGUCAGAAGCCACUGGCACUAAAGUUGUCAUCCUGACAGAGGACAGCAAUGGAAGACUUACCAAAAUGCAGGAGCUGAGCCCAGACACUCGACAUGCCAAUCAAACUGUGACCCUGAUCUACAGACCAAAGAGUGACCAAUACCCCGAUGGCCAUUAUGAUGUGUGCAUCAAUAACCAGACAGUGAGCAUAGACAACAAAGGCAAGAGCUGUCUGUUUUCUGCUUGGGCACGUGGAAUGAAACCACAAGCCAGUGAAGAAGAGAUCACUUUGGAAGCAAAUCGUCUUCGAUCUGUGGAGGCCGAUGCUCUCCUCAGUUACCCAGGCCAAUGGGAGUCUUUCAUCAAGCGGAAAGAAUUAACAGAAACAAUCAGGGGAGGGGACUGGUACAUGUUAGAGGGAGCUGCACCCAAACGAGCCAUAAAAGAAAGCAAAGAGUUACAGCUGCUGGCUGUUUUCACAGAGUUAAGCAAAAUUGCAAUACAGCCAUUCCAUGAAGACCUCAGGUGGCAGAACAAACUGAAUUCAUCCCUCUACACAGUGAUUGAAAAAACUAAAUCACACACUGGAGGAACAGCAAAAGCAACUCUGACAGUUAUACAAGGUGUCCACAUGGUCACGCUGACAGGGAAAGCCAUCAGUGCAGUGCUCAGCCUGUCAGACAAAUUUUUUUCAAAUUUUCAUGAACAGCUGAACAUAUUUAAAGAAGAGCAACAAAAAUCAAAGACUGUGAAUGUAAGUGAUCUGUUUGCAGAAGACAUUAAACUGCUGAAAGAUUUCAAGCAGGAUUUAGGCAGCACCAUCAGUACUUUAUUGGCUGAUGCUUUGGUGGAAGUUUUCCACCAGAAGUUUUCCAGUCACAUGUUUUCUAUUGUUAAAGACCAGGCAAAUGGUGUUAUUGGUAAAUAUGUGAGAAAGGGUUUAAAGAGUGUCAGAACAGAGGAAAAGCUCAGAGCAGGACAGGACAACAGAUACAUUGCAUGCAUGCCAAAACACCCCAAUUCUAACCUAAAAGUUGAAAGAGAGGUAGGUCAGCGCUCACAAUCACAUGCUGAAAAGAUCAAGAACUCCACGACUGCAGGCACCAUCCUUGAUAUCAGAGUCCUGUCAGAAGCCACUGGCACUAAAGUUGUCAUCCUAACAGAGGACAGCAAUGGAAGACUUACCAAAAUGCAGGAGCUGAGCCCAGACACUCGACAUGCCAAUCAAACUGUGACCCUGAUCUACAGACCAAAGAGUGACCAAUACCCCGAUGGCCAUUAUGAUGUGUGCAUCAAUAACCAGACAGUGAGCAUAGACAACAAAGGCAAGAGCUGUCUGUUUUCUGCUUGGGCACGUGGAAUGAAACCACAAGCCAGUGAAGAAGAGAUCACUUUGGAAGCAAAUCGUCUUCGAUCUGUGGAGGCCGAUGCUCUCCUCAGACACCCAGGUCAAUGGGAGUCUUUCAUCAAGCGGAAAGAAUUAACUAAAACGAUCGGGGGAGGGGACUGGUACAUGUUAGAGGGAGCUGGAAAAGUCAUAAAAGAAACCAAAAAGUUACGUCAGGAAGAAGUUGGAAAAGUGAAAUUAUACAAAGAAUGGCAAACAUAUGCAAUAAAAAAUAAAUGAAUUGGGCAUUUCAUCAAUGCAGCUCACCAGCCGCUAGUCAGUAGCAUAUUGAUGGUCAGAAAAUUGAACCAGAAUAGCAGAUUAGCAGAGGCCAUGCUUGAAAUGGCAACAAACUCAUUUACUGGGAACAUUUCUGAUGUACACAAAUAUCAUGGCGGUGAACGCCCAAUCAUUUACGUGCCUAAAGAAAUACAUUGUGAAUUUCCCAGUACAAUAUCACAAACACACUUGGCCAACACAAUAAGUAAAGAUGAUAUUGUGGGAACCUUCAAGCUGAUGAUCCUUGGUUCAAUGCCAACAUUCUGGUUGGAUAGUGAAAAGGACUUGAAAAACUUUCAGAACAACCCAAUGAGUAAAACCAGGCUUGACACCUUCGAAAACAGUUUUCAGAAACACAGCACAGAGAUGGUAAAGACAUGUUUUUUUCUGCUUCAAAACAAAGGUGUUAUGAGAAAUGACCAUCUAACUACCAUUACUGAGUGGAUCAAUAACCAGGGCUACAAAGAUCUAAAUGAUCCACACAGGAAUAAAGUCACCAACCUCCUGUGA